AAGAAGGAAAGAAUAGAGACAACAUUAAACAAGUAACAAACACACACAGACACAGUUGUCUCCCUUUCGAUCCAUUGGAACUUCCAAAGAGCCUUUAAUCAGAACUCCAUCAACGUUCUUUCUUCCAAAGAAGAAGACGAAGAAGAAGAAGAGCAAACUCCAUCAACGUUCUUGGGACUACGCAACACAGCACAAAACCCCUUCGCAAAAUUCACCAAUAGAUCUACUCCUAACACCACAAAGUUCCUUCUUUUCCCUCUUCCAUUGCAGAAUCUCCUUCAUUCACUUCAUGGAUGUGCGGUUGUAGAUAGUUAUAAAGCUUGAGGAGAUUUGCUGCUGAGAAGCAUGGCUGACAUAGCAGGUUUACUUGAGGCAGCAGGAUCAAGGUUCAGUGCAUUGGAGCUUAUUGGGCAGGGAUCAUUUGGUGAUGUCUAUAAAGGGUUUGACAGAGAGCUUAACAAAGAAGUUGCUAUCAAAGUAAUUGAUUUGGAAGAAUCGGAGGAUGAAAUUGAUGAUAUUCAGAAGGAAAUUUCUGUUCUGUCACAAUGCCGAUCUCCAUACAUCACUGAGUACUAUGGUUCCUAUCUCAAUCAAACUAAACUCUGGAUAAUAAUGGAAUACAUGGCUGGCGGCUCUGUCGCUGAUCUACUUCAAUCCGGUCCUCCACUGGAUGAAACAUCCAUUGCUUGCAUUCUACGUGACUUGCUACAUGCAAUUGAUUACCUACACACUGAAGGAAAAAUUCAUAGAGACAUUAAAGCUGCAAACAUUUUAUUGACCGAGAAUGGUGAUGUAAAGGUUGCAGAUUUUGGUGUUUCUGCACAGCUCACGAGGACCAUAUCAAGGAGAAAGACAUUUGUAGGAACACCUUUCUGGAUGGCACCAGAGGUUAUUCAGAAUUCCGAAGGAUAUAAUGAGAAGGCAGAUAUCUGGUCUAUGGGGAUCACUGCAAUUGAGAUGGCAAAAGGGGAGCCUCCACUUGCCGAUCUUCAUCCCAUGAGAGUGCUUUUUAUCAUACCUCGAGAGAAUCCUCCGCAGUUAGAUGAGCAUUUUUCUCGUCCCCUGAUUAUGCCAAGUGCUAAGGAACUUCUCAAACACCGUCUUAUUCGGAAUGCUAGGAAGAGUCCAAAGCUUGCAGAAAGAAUAAGGGAGCGUCCAAAGUACCACAUAAAGGAUGAUCCGGGGGCAGAUGAUCCGGGGACUGUUAAAAAAGUCCCAAGAGGGAUAGGUGAGGCUUCUGAUACUAUGAAGGUGUCUAGAGAUGUUAGAGCUGAAGAAACUAGUAGAACCAGUGGUCAGGGUCAAACUGUAAAAAGUGCUGGAUGGGACUUCAACAUUGGUGGGUCACAAGGCACUGUUCGUAGCGGUACUGUUCGUAGUGUAGCACGACCACCUGUUUCACAAAAUCAGGUUACCCAAAGAAAAGCUCCGGAGAGUGGCUAUCAAGGGGGAACUGUCAGUAGAAGUGCACUAAACGAGUCAGUUGAAAGUUCACUCGGAAAGGAUCUUAGAGUUACAUAUCAUGAUGAGGAUCCGGAUGAUCAUCUUGAAGAUGAUGAAGGGAAUGGAUCAGGAACUGUCGUAAUUCGAUCUCCAAAAGCAUCAAGGCCAUCAGUAGUUCGUGGCCAAAGCUCCCAGUCUAGCAGCAGCUAUGCUUCUCUUGAAGAUGCUUCUACCAGUGGAACUGUUGUCUUGCGUAACCAGAAUGAUGAUUCUGAUUCUUCACAAACACCUAGGUCCCGCAAGGGACUUAACGACAGAAAUUCUAUUACUUCACUGGAAGAUAGUGCUGCAAAUCUUGCUGAGGCAAAGGCUGCUAUCCUAAGGAAAGCAAAUGCUAAAGAGAGAAAAUUCAACAAUAUACAAGAAAGCAAGAGAGACCAAAUGGCAGGCAGUUCUGAUUCUUCAAGAUCACAUCAUGAAUACCAUGAUCCUCAAAAGGGCAUGUCAAGAUCACAAUAUGCCAGUGAUGAUGAAGAGAGUGCUAAAGUUAUGUCAUCCUCUGUGCCAUUAUCAGUUUUGCUCGCUCCUUCACUAAAAGAGACCAUUGCUAAUGAUCCAGAAGGGGCAAUUGUGCGAGCGGUUAUCAGUUCUCUCGUAAACAUGGAGGGCACAAGGCCAAGAUCCUGCGAUGUUCUUGUCAGAAAGUUGCUUCAGCGGUUGGCAAGUUCAAAGGAAGAUUCAUUGAAGGACCUGCAGGAACUAGCAGGCCAACUAUUCAGCAAGACCAAGGGAGCCGGAGACACACGAAACACCGAAGCCGAUAGCCGGAGGAAACAACAGAACAAGGACAUCCAUCAAAAUAGCAAUUUGAGCCCACUAGCCAGAUUUCUUCUCUCAAGAUGGCAGGGUCAAAGCUCACGUGAUCUAAACCAAUCUUAAGGAGAGUUAUAUUACAAAUUAUAUUGUGUUUCAACUCGCUGUUUAUGCAUUUAUUCUAAUUAAAAUGUACAUAUAUCAUUGUAACAAAUUGUUUUUUCCCCCCUUUUCUAUUUAUUAUUAUUAUUGUUAUAGAAAAAGUUUUGUCUUCUAGUCAUAAUUACUUCAAAGCUGUAUAAUUGGAGGGUUUUCUUAGGUACAUCCAAAUUGUAACUGACUAAUAUGUCUAUUGCAUUUUGGGAUAAUAAUCCAAUACCUUUUAUUCUUUUUCA